AACACAUGUUUCAUAUUGUGGGUAGUAUCUAUAUAAACCAGUAGAAAUGCGAUGAAUCUCACAGAACAAGAUUCAUUAAUCAUAGCAUAACUAAGAUGGCUCUUAAUCUCUUCUUCCCAUGCUCAGCUUGCUCACUCGCACCCUUGCACUCAGGUCUUGGGCCACUAAGAUAUCCAAAUGCUGCCAAAGCCAGUAGAAGCUUAGCAUGCCGGGUGAGUACUACUCAAGUCAUGGAGCCAUUGACUGCUCGACGUUCGGGUAAUUACCUUCCAAGCAUUUGGGAUGAUGAUUUCGUGCAGUCGUUAAGGAGUGAUUAUAAGGGUUACACAUACUUGGAACAAGUAGAGAAGCUAAAGGAAGAAAUGAGGCGUACUUUGCAAGAAGUUGGGAUGUUGAAUCAACUUGAGUUGGUUGAUUGCAUCCAACGCCUUGGAGUGGGGUAUCAUUUUGAUAAGGAAAUUAAGGAAAUUCUAACAACGAUGUCGACAGAGCAGAACAAUGUAGGUCUGAUGGAGGGGGAUCUUUAUGCUACAGCCUUAUGCUUUAGGCUGCUUAGGCAACAUGGAUAUGAAAUCUCACAAGGUGUUUUUAAUAGGUUCAUGGAUGAUUCAAGUAGAUUCAAGGUAAGCCUUUGCAAUGAUGUGAAAGGGAUGCUGAGCUUGUAUGAAGCUUCGUUCCUUGCUUUAGAAGGUGAAACCAUCCUGGAUGAGGCCAAGGCUUUCACGUAUGGACAUCUCAAGGAUAUCAAAGGGAUCACAGAUUCAAACCUUAAAAGUCUAGUAGAGCAUGCAUUGGAGCUUCCCUUGCAUUGGAGGAUGCUAAGGUUAGAGGCUAGGUGGUACAUUAACAUAUAUGAGAGAAUGGAGAAUAUGAAUCCUCUUCUACUUGAACUGGCUAAGCUGGAUUUCAACAUGGUGCAAGCUUUAUAUCAAGGACAAGUAAGAAAGAUGUCCAGGUGGUGGAAGGAUCUAGGGUUGGGACCGAAGUUGGGUUUUGCUAGAGACCGUUUGGUUGAGUGCUUCGUAUGGACUAUUGGAUACAUUUUUUAUCCUCAGUUUGAACAAUGCAGGGAAGUUCUUACAAAGGUUAAUCAAUUUAUAACAACUAUUGAUGAUGUUUAUGAUGUCUAUGGUUCACUAGAUGAACUGGAGCUAUUUACAGAGGCCGUUGACAGGUGGGACAUUAAUGCCAUAGAAGGGCUCCCAGAAUACAUGAAGAUAUGUUUUUUAGCCCUCUACAACUCUGUGAAUGAAAUUGCUUAUGACGUACUAAAAGAACACGGUUGGGAUGUCAUUCCAUACUUGCAGAAAUCGUGGGCCGAUUUAUGUAAAUCAUACUUGGUGGAAGCAAAAUGGUACUAUAGUGGAUAUACACCGACCCUUGAUGAAUAUCUCAACAAUGCAUGGGUUUCAAUAUCAGGGCCAGUCAUUUUAGUUCAUGUUUAUGUCUCUACGAAACCAACGAUAACAAAGGAGGAAUUAGAGUGCAUAGGGAGAUAUCCAAAUAUCCUGCGUUGGUCAUCGAUGAUUCUUCGACUUAGUGAUGAUUUGGGAACUUCAACGGAUGAGCUAGAGAGAGGAGAUGUGCCCAAAUCUAUCCAAUGUUACAUGCAUGAAAAUGGUGCUUCAGAGGUUGUUGCACGGGAACACAUAAGAGUUCUGAUUAGUGACAUAUGGAAAAAGAUGAACAAGGACGUCAAACUUUCUCCAUUGCCUCAGCCAUUUAAGAGUGCUGCUGUGGAUCUUGCACGGAUGUCGCAAUGUGUGUACCUACAUGGAGAUGGGUUUGGUGUUCCAGAUCGAGAGAGCAAGGACCGUAUCUUGUCACUUCUGGUAGAACCUAUUCCAUUAAUGAAGAACUAAUCCCUCUAAAUUAAUGUUGAAUUGAGAUUAGUAACUAUUAUAUGUGUGUAAAAAUAUUCAUUUCUACCAACUUGUAUGUCUUUGGGUCCUUUCAAUACUAAGAUCGUGGGAUUGAGUGCCCAUGUGGGGUGGGUGAGUGUGUGGUUGUGGCAUUAAAA